UUAUAGAGCCAUCUGCCGCCAAUCUUUAGAAGGAAGAACAAGGAGAAAGAGACUCCAGAAUUUGGAUAUUAUGGCUAGGAGUGCAGAUGGGGUGAAGGAGGCUCUCCUAAAUUUUGCUUUGACAGAACUAUCAAAAUCGUCAACUAACCAUGUCUAUAAUUUUAUUAAAUCUGAAAUGGGAUCAUCUCGUCAUCAUAUUUUAACCUCAUUACUUGUAGCAAAGGACAGCGCAGAAAAUAAUCUGGAAGAGAUUGCUCCGCGGUUGCACAAACCAGACCCAAAUUACGAAACUCUUGUAAAAUGCAGAGAUGCUGACUUCAAGAAGUAUUUCAGGAUGAACAGAAGUACUAUUCAAAGUUUAGUUUGUAUUGUUGAGAAGAGAUUAAUAGUGUCUCCUGAAGCAGUCCACCCCUUAGUUCCUGUUGAAAAGAAAGUUCUUUUAACAGCUUGGCUCAUGGGCAACAACCAGUCAUACAUGGCUGCAGCCAGAUUAUUUGAACUCAGCAAAGGGACGGUAUACCGAAUAUUCCAUCAUAUCUGUAGUGAACUGACCAUCUUGGCUGGAAAGUAUAUCCAAUGGCCAGACCCCGAGGAGUCUGAUGAAAUAUCAGUCUCAUUUGAAAAUAAAUAUGGUUUCCCAGGUGUUAUUGGUGUGAUUGGUGCUUGCCAUGUUGAGAUUAGAGAGCCGGAGUCACAGGAAGAAGCUGCAAGAUUUAAAAAUGAACAAACGGGACAGUACACUGUCGUCUUGCAAGCAGUUUGUGAUGACAAGCAGGCGUUCCGUGAUGUGUGUGCAGGAUUCCCUGGACAGACAAGCAAGUUGAGGGUCCUUGUUGGAAGUCCUCUGUAUACUCGACUUUCAAGUCACACAGAUCCUUUGAUUGAGCCUCAUAAACAUAUCCUUGGUAGCUCUGAUUACCCACAGUUGUCAACACUACUAACUCCUUAUAGCACGUGUGCUGCUGGACGCCCACUUACUAAGCAAGAACUGAGAUUCAAUAGCCUCCACCAGACUGCCAGAUCUGUGGUAGAUCAAGCUUUUGAAAUGCUGAAAAGAAGGUUUCAGAGACUGAGGUUUAUUGAUGUAUCUCGCACUGAGUUGGCAAGCAAAGUUGUUGUGGCAGCAUGUGUGUUACAUAAUUUUGCUCUGAUGCAUGAAGAUGAGUUCACAGAAGAGUGUUACAAGAAUACAGACGUGAAAAUCUGACUUAAUAUGUGCAUAUUUUAAUUAUACUCAGCCUGUGUUUUGAGAACAAUGUUAGAACUUAAUAGACUCUUAAUCCUGUUGAGUUCUAUUCACUGUAGCAUGUCUGCCUUCCUUUUCUUCCACCCUCUUCACUUCGUGGUGCAGUAUUUUGGCUCUUUCCAACUUCAAACAUUCUUCUCCUUGGUUUCACCUUUCUCAAGGACGAUAUGUGUUCAGGGAUCCUUGAGAUAUCAUUCAUCAUAGAUAAACAAUCCUUUUCUCCACUUCCAUUGCUACAAAUACAUCAGAUUCUUCUUCAUUUUUGUAUUCUGUGUCCACAGAUUGCAAAUAGCUCAGUCUGCUGGAUCCAAUAGAACAGGUGUCUCCCUCGCAUCCAGUAAUUAUCUUCACGUGUCUUAGGUUGAGAAAUACAACAGUUUUCUAAUGUCAUAGGGAAUGUGCACCCUAAUCAGUAUAUUUAUUUCUUUAAAUAGAAUAUUUAAUUUGUUCAUUUAUGUAUAUAUUUCACAGAUAUGUUUACAUAUGUACAAAAAUAGCUCAUUUUAUAUAAUUGUAAGUGUGAUGUUGAAUUAAAAACUUCUGAUUUUGAUAAGAUUUCUGAUGACAAAUUGUGUCAGUUCAUGCCUGAAUUGCGAAUGCUUCAAGAUAAUGAUUUUAACAAAACAAGGCGGGUCUCUUGCAACACAUUAAACAUUGAAUGCAAAAAGAAAAAACUGUCAAUGUUUUGUUUCACCUGACAAUAAUAAACCUUUUGAACACAGAAAA